AGCCGCCACACUGGCUGUCACUCGUGCGGUGAUGUGUCCUCCGUCAAGUUGACAUGCGCCGGGAUUUUUCUGGGUCUCGGCAGUCUCUGCCUCGAGGAAGGGUUCUGCCCGGGAUAUCUACCCCGUUGUUGACUGUUCAGUUUGAUGGUACCACCUCCACGUAGUGUUUUAUUGGAAUCAUGCCUCCCUUUCGAUAUCAUCGCUUUGCGGGUGAUUAUCCUUUGCAUCGGGACAUUCCCUUUCCCGGACUUUGGAAGCAAUAGAACAGGCAAUCAACUGACAGAAUACACAUUAUUGCCUAUUCCCAGCCAUCUCUUCGGUCAUUUAUGCCCCGUGGCAGUGCGCCCGACGUGUGUUAUCGCCGUUAAACCAGUGCGUAUCAUGAACCUAGCAUCAACACACCGUGGUACAACGCAAACGCCAGGAGUGAGAAUAUUUCCCGUACCUGGUGCACCAUCCACAAGAACUGUACCCCACGUGAAACCAAUAAUUUCCGACCAGGACGUUGAUGGUUACCUCUGUACAUCCGAUAGGCAGGGGUCGGUAACAAUAUCAUCGCACACCUCGGGAGCUUCAAUGUCCCAUCCGCUAUGAUGAAACCAGCCCAUAUUUCCAGUUGAGGGCGGAUUGGUUUCACCUUGAGCAAUGAUUCAGACAAGCUCGCAGCAUUGAGACAUCACACCCACGGAGUUAAUCAACGGAUGAAUUUCACCCCUGUUAUACAGGUUGCCAUGA